AUUCGACGCAUUGGUUCCUCCUUACCGCCAUUUCGGCCACUCAGGCUCACCUGUCAUAGCUGAAUUUGGAAAAAUGGAAUAAUGGAAAAAUGGAAUAAUGGAAAAAUGGAACAUCCAAAUCGCGAUUUACCCUUGUCGAAUCAUCUAGCCCAGUAGAAUUUAAGUCAAAUCCAUCGUCUACAAUAGCCCAUCCAUCUAACCUUGCGGAACGUAAGAGAUAAGUCGAGAAGAUAGUAGUGAAGCACUCCAAGGGAAGAGAAUUUGCUACCACGGCGAAGAUGACUGCAGACCAGAGUUAGGCGCCUUUGUCUUGGCUAUGUAAUUAGGCAACCAACGUAGGAAGACAAGGAGCCCCCAAAUGUUAAAAUACGAACCCAGCCUCAGCUGGGGAUGACGCAUCUUACGGCGUACAUGCAUUACAACUACUGCGGAAUAGAUACACAGCAGGUAACUAGCUACCUUACCAACCCGCAACCAUGAGACGAAACCACAAGCAGAAUAUACCAUCUCAGUCAGUAGCAGCGAAAUCAAGGGCAGAGCAAGGCGUGGCCACCGCUACCGCUACCGCUCCCCUGCUACUAGACGAAUACAUACGGCGAGUCGUCGGCUCCUCUUCCUCCUCCUCCUCCUCCACCUUCCCAACACAGCAUAGAUCAUCGCCUGCGAUCCUCGAGCGCGGCCGCACAAACCACGUCCUGCUGUACAACGGGUGCUUCAACCCGCCGCACCGCGGACACCUCGCGCAGCUGGUCCACGCGCUCCGGCACGCGGGCCCGGGCCUGAAUGUCGUAGGCGCAGUGGUCCUCGUGGCGGACGACUUGUAUCUCAAGUGGAAGCUUGCCGGGCAGCGCGGGGCGCUGAGUCUCAGGCUGAGGCAGCGGGUUCGGCUUUGGGAGGAGGAGCUUGCGCUGAUGGCGGAGGAGGAGGGGCGGCGGUGCUGGGUGCUCUCGGAGACGCUGUGGCCUGGGCACGCGGAUAGACUGGACCGGCUUUUUGGGGAGGAUGGGGUCGAUGUUGAGUUUGUGAGGCUUGCUGGCGGGGAUAAGGUGCGUGUUGCGGCGGUGGAGCAUGGGCUGUGGGGGUGUCGGAGUGUGAUUACGACGGAUGUUAGUCGGCCGGUUGAUUUUUACUCUAGCAGUAGUGUCGGCGAUGUUGCUUUGUCGAUGCCGAUGCCGCUGCCGCUGAGCCGUCAUGGUGAAUGGAAGAGGGUGGUGGUGGUGGGAGAGAGGCAAGGGGAGGACGGAAGGGACGAAGGGGUUGGCAGUGAGACGCUCACGACCAAGUCCACGGUUAUAUCAUCAUCAUCAUCAUCUUCAACUUCGACAUCCGUCCCACAACCCAGCAGAAACAUAUGGACCUGCAGCCACGGCCAUUAUAACGUCCGGUUCGUCGCCAGCAGCCACGACGAGCGCGUCGACCCGGAUCUAAGCUCGACCAAGAUCCGCGGCAUCGUAGCCGCCGCCAAGAAGCUCGAUGUCGACCAGCUCGAGGAGAAACUACGGGGUAUAGCGCUUAGCCCGGGGCUGCUGGCGCGGUAUAUUAAGGAGGCUAGGUGAGGGGGUAACGAGUCGUAGGUAAGGAACAACACUCAGGCAGUAGGAAUCAGAAACAAGAUAUGCCUCCAUUGUUGAGGCUCUCCUAGCACACCAUUACAUUUACCUAUACCUUCGACCAUACUCAUUUGCCAGUGUUAUCUCCAGACAAGUAAUCCCAAAAGAAUUAAUCAUUUCUACCCACAUAU